AGGGAGAUAAGCAGAGCAGAGACCGCCAAAAUGGUGCGGCCGGGAAAGGCGAGCGGUUCUGCCGGAGGUGGCCGCGGGAGGCUGCCCUCCACCCCGGCGUCAUCGUUCCAUCUCAGGCGGAGGUCGAGUGGUUAUACAACUCAAUAUUCAGGAAAGCAUACGCAAGCAACUUGCCCAGGAGUUGAAAAUAAGUUUGUCAACACAGUGCCAAUAUGUUGUCACAUGCUAUCAGUGUUUCUAUGUCAAUGGUGUCAUUUCUAUUGCUUUGGAGUAUAUGGAUGGAGGCUCUCUGGCUGAUUUCCUGAUGACUGUUAGAACCGUUCCAGAGGCCUACCUUGCUGCAAUUUGUAAGCAGGUGUUGAAAGGACUGAUGUACUUGCAUCAUGAGAAGCGCAUUAUACACCGAGAUCUGAAACCAUCGAAUAUAUUAAUAAAUCACAGGGGUGAAGUAAAGAUAUCAGAUUUUGGUGUUAGUGCCAUCAUUUCUAGUUCUUCUACACAGCGAGAUAUAUUUACUGGCAUAUUUAACUACAUGGCGCCAGAAAGAAUCAGCGGGCAGAAACAUGGUUAUAUGAGUGACAUAUGGAGCUUGGGCCUAGUUAUGCUGGAAUGUGCCACUGGCAAUUUCCCAUAUCCUCCUCGUGAUAGCUUUUAUGAACUUCUUGAAGCUGUUGUCGACCAACCAUCACCUUCUGCACCAUCAGACCAGUUUUCACCAGAGUUCUGUUCAUUCAUUUCUGCGUGCAUGCAAAAAGAGGCUACAAAUAGGUCAUCUGCACAAAUCCUAUCAGCUCAUCCAUUCCUGAGCAUGUACAACGACCUGAAUAUUGAUCUGGCUGACUACUUCAGGACCGCGGGAUCUCCACUUGUCACCUUCAAGUAAUGGUCCUGUGUAACCCCACUGAAGAGUACUUACAUGGUUACUGCAAUUCCUUUAUAAUUCCAAUGCUGUUGUAUUCUCUCUUUUUCUUCCUAGGGGAAUUGUGUUGUGAGUCAGACAAAUGCACAACCAUGUUAUUCCCCAACACGGAAUUGAUCAUGCAUGUAGCGUGAUAGAUUUUUUAA